AUGAGUCAACAUCAUCUCCCAAUCGCGUUGUUCGCUUUGGUCGCAAUUGAGAGUAGCAGUCAGAGCCUUGGCCGUACCUACGCCUUUCUUCUCUUCUGUGCCAUCUUGCUCGAUAUUUCUUGGUUCAUUCUUUUCGCUCACGAAAUUUGGAACAUUUCUACUGAGAAGUACACAGCAUUUUUCACGUUUUCAGUGAAACUUACUCUGGCUAUGCAAAUUGUUGGUUUUAUAGUGAGGCUAUCAUCCUCGUUGUUAUGGAUUCAAAUUUAUAGGUUGGGUGCUUCCUAUGUGGACACAGUUUCUAGAGCAGCAGAUUCAGACUUGAGGAGUAGUUUUAUGAGUCCUGUGACACCGGCAGUAGUUAGGCAAUGUUCCGGUUCCAAUGAGAUACUUGGAGGCGCCAUCUAUGAUCCAUCAUACUACUCAUCCCUAUUUGAAGAUGGUCAAGAAAACAAAUAUUCAUAUGGGAUGCACAAUCAUGAUAUUACCCAGAAUGAGUCAACAUCAUCUCCUGAAGUUUCUCAGAAGUCAUCCGUGGGCAAUUUUUGCCGUCUGAAAUACCGAAUUUUCUUGUAG